GCUCUAUUGACCAUUAAAAUGAUUAAAUACCAUUUCAUAACGAAAAGGGGUGUGUCGAAAGGGGCACAUGAUGCUGACCAUUAAUUGAGUGUAGGGCACUGUAGGUUUGGUUUUGCUCAAUGUGAAGGUAUGGUUUUGGGUUUUGCUCAGUGUGAAGGUGGGCUGUAGGCAGUCAGUGCAUGGCGGUGCUUAUAUCACUUGACAGACGGGUACUAGCAAUGGAGCAGAAUGUGAUCAACAGACAGCGGAUAGCUCAGAUUAUGAUCAACGGACAGCGGACAGUUGGCACAGUGGAGCUGUCUUGGGUGGUGCCUUUCACUCAGUUUUACUUCUAUUCGCAGGUGGCCUUAUGGGAGUAUGUGCCCUUGGGUAGGGCACUGACAGGUGGUGCCUCUAAUCUUCGACGAACGAUGAUCUCCAAGGACGAGAUGCUUUUGAGGGGAGUAGGAGAGGGGGGAGUCUGCAUUGCAGGGAUGACUGUCAAAGGGGCACAACAGAAAGAAUUUCCAGGAGCAUUUUUUUUUGCGUCCUUUUAGGAGUUAAUUGCAGUAGUUACCACUGUCGCCUUCAUCCGAAUAAAAUCGCCCAAUCAUUAGUGUUGUUGGAUUCUGUGCGAGUUUCAAUCUAGAUUCUAGAUACAUCAAUAAUGAUUGAGCGUUCUAUCUUGGUGAAGACCAUAGGGUUGACCCGCGGAGUAGGUCAUGGGGAGAUACCUCCGUUCACGGGCUGGCCUUGGGAAGGCAGUGGAAUCCGGCCUUAAGUCAAGAGCAAAACUUUGAAAGGUAUGUGCCACCCCCAUUUAUUGAGGGAGAGGGAUGGGAAGGGUCCUCGCCUUGGGAAGGUAGUGGAAUCUGGCCUUAAGUCGAGAGCGAAAACUUUGAAAGGUCUGUGCCACCCCCAUUUACAGAGGGAGAGGGAUGGGUAGGGUCCUCUUUUGUUUCUUCUCGUCUUUGUCCAGCCAAAGGAUAUCCUUAUCCUUGUCUGCCUCUACGGGUUACCCAAAAGGGAAUCUUAUCCUUAUCUACCUCUUUAGGUAACCCAAAGGGCAACCUUAUUGGAAGACGGGCAACCCUGGUAAGCAGCAACAAAUGUCAGCAAACUGUAGGUUGAGAGUAUCAACUGAUGGGUUGACGCGCUCGAGAGUCGGGGAGGAAUGGAGGACUAGAAAUAGAAACUUGAGGAUAUGAACAAGCACGACAGAAAGAGCUUCCAGGAGCAUUUUUUUGCGUCCUUUUAGGAGUUAAUUGGACGAGGUUAUUGCACUUGUAUUGGAGCGAACUCUUGUUGUCUUCAAAGAAGCGAUAGAAGGAAGGUGCCGACAUGCGACGUAGGCGAACGGGUCCUUUGAUUUGGCGGCCAAGGGAAAGUUACCAGCGAGUUGCAGGGAAUUGAGGGUUAAAGUGGAAGUGGUGAGUAUGGAUGAAGAAGGUCAAGAAUGGAGAAAAAAUAUAUUAUGAAGUUGUGUGGAGUGUCGUUGAGCAACUAGCGAAGUGCCUCUUCAACCGUAACCUUAUACGAGUCUGCAUGUUGCUUUGCUGUUGGAUGUGCCAGGGUUUUCUUGGAAUCAAGUUGCUAUUUAUGUCCAAGUCAGUACGAAGAGGUUUGCAAGCACUUUCUGGUUAUCUUCCGGAGUAAAGGCUUCUUCUUCUCUACCAGGAAGUGUGUUGGGUCUUUAGUCAACUUGGGGCAUUCUUCCCAGUGCGCCCUAAGUAGACUAGGGUUGAGUGUCUAGUUGGGGAUGGUGGGAUCUCACCUAGCCAUGUUCUCCUGUCUGCGAUGUUAAGUUUGAGGUCUUUGUUGGUUGAGGUCUUUGUUGGCUGUCCUUAAAUUGCUGGUUGGCUAGAGUCGAUUAUCAAGCAUAUUUGAGUAGUGGAGUCGUUGAUUGAUUUCGUCGUGGGGUAGAUGUCAAUUGUAAUUAGGUUUGACCAAAAGUCAUGUCCUUCGACCAGUAGACCCUUCUCACCUUCUCUGUCAUAUGGCGGCCGCCGUUGUGGAUGAUUGUUUAUCCAUACGAUCGACUCAAUGAAUGAUUUCACCACUU